CACGCCCACAUUACAAACAACUUCCGCUUCUGUGUCAACCGAAGGCUACACACUAAUUUCUGCUCAUGUCUCCGGACUUGACACCCUCCACACACCACCGAGGUUACUAAUUUAUUUCCCUCUAAGAAGUCAAAGAAACACAAACCACAAUUUGAAGUAACAUCAACUGUCCAAGGGCCGUCCGUCAAUCAAACAGCAGACAUCUCCUGGUGUCAUCCUACUGUGGUCACAUCAGCUGCUAAAAGAAGCAUCAGACUAAGUGUUGGACAUUCCCUGGAUUUUUAAUGAACAUUUUCCUGCUUCUGUGGUGACUGUCCAGAGGAAUCUCCAUCAGCAAAUCUUCUGAUCUCUGAGGGACUGGAUCCAAGUAGAACAUGUGCUAGGAGUUGAACAUUUCUGCUAAAUAACUAGACUGCUUCUCUAGAAAAUGAGCAAUGAAGAGGAGUUCUUCGACGCCGUCACAGGCCUGGAUUCUGACGAGUCGUAUGAAGGGGUGUCAGAGGCCAGUUUCAAAGAUGCAAUGGUGUUUGACGGCAGUAGUCAGAAGAACAACGGAUCAGUGCCACAGGAGAACGGCAUCAAGAAGCACAGGACUUCAUUACCUACGCCCAUGUACUCCAGAAACACCAUCAGUGUCUGGAGUAUCCUGAAGAAAUGCAUCGGACUGGAGCUGUCCAAGAUCACGAUGCCCAUUGCCUUCAACGAGCCUCUGAGCUUCCUGCAGAGAAUCACAGAAUACAUGGAACACACUUACCUCAUCAACAGAGCCUGCUCGCUGUCUGACUCCAUAGAGCGCAUGCAGGCAGUAGCUGCUUUUGCUGUGUCAGCAGUUGCGUCUCAGUGGGACAGAACUGGAAAACCCUUCAACCCUCUGCUGGGAGAGACCUAUGAACUUACCAGAGAGGAGCAGGGUUUCCGGCUUGUAUCGGAGCAGGUAUCCCAUCAUCCCCCAGUCAGUGCCUUCCAUGCAGAGAGCCUGGCGGGGGACUUUGUCUUCCACGGCUCCAUCUACCCCAAACUUAAGUUCUGGGGAAAGAAUGUUGAGGCUGAGCCGAAAGGGACCAUCACACUAGAGCUACUCAAACACAACGAGGCAUACACAUGGAGUAACCCUUUCUGCUGUGUACACAACGUGAUCCUGGGCAAACUAUGGAUAGAGCAGUAUGGCACUGUGGAAAUAGUCAACCACAGCACUGGAGACAAGUGUGUGUUAAAUUUCAAGCCUGGUGGGAUGUUUUACAAAGAGCUGCACAAAGUGGAGGGAUACAUCCAGGAUAAGAGUAAAAAGAAGCACUGUGUCAUCUAUGGGAAGUGGACUGAGUGUAUGUGGAGUGUGGACGCUCAAGCCUACGAGGCCCACAAGAAGUCAGAGAAGAAAGGGGACACCAAGAAGCAAAGAAAUGAGGAGCAGGAGGGUGCAGACAAUGAUGAUGCAGACGACAUGCCUGAAGUCCAGGAGACGGUGUCUGUCGUACCAGGAAGCACCCUGCUGUGGAGAAUAGACCCCAGACCAGCACAUUCUGCUGAGAUGUACAAUUUCACCAACUUUGCAAUGUCUCUCAAUGAGCUGGAUCCUGGCAUGGAAGCCAUCUUGGCCCCAACAGACUGUCGCUUCAGGCCUGACAUAAGAGCCAUGGAGAAUGGCAACAUGGAUGAGGCCAGCCAGGAGAAGGAGAGAUUGGAGGAGAAACAGAGAACAUCCAGAAAAGAGAGAGCCAAGAAUGAGGAGGAGUGGUCUACAAGGUGGUUCCAGAUGGGCACCAACCCGUACACCGGCUCCCAGGGAUGGCUCUACACUGGUGGCUACUUCAAUAGGAACUACCAAGAUCUUCCCAACAUCUACUGAUAGCCGUUAGCAUUCCUCCUCCACAACCUGCAAUGAUCUGCCUGUCAAGAAAUGGAGAGAAACAGAGGUUUCAAAUAACCGUUUCCAUUCCACACCUUUCAUCACCACCACCAUCAUCAUCAUCGUCUGUAAACUGACGGAUCAGGGGGACCUACAAAGGAGCUGACUGCCGGUCACUUUCUGUCAAUAGCGGUCUCAAAUAACGGUCUGCUGUGUGUCUUCAGGUGACUUUUUUUUUUUUUUUUCAGAAUUCAAAAGAUUUAAACCUUUUCCUUCUUCUCUUACGUGUUUUCUCAAGUAACGACCAGCAAACCUUUUCAAUCUUUUUGCUUCGGUGUCUCCAAAAGCACAAGAACCAUUUUAUCUUUGACACGACGGAGUGGUCAGGAAUUGUACAUUGAAGUUAUUGUAUAUUGGGGAAAAAUAUGAAUGAGAUCCAACCUGAAUGUGGAAUUCAAAAUCAAACGUCUCUCAUCGGAGGAACCUGCCAAGCUCCCAAAUGGCCACAGUCACAUCAUUAAAGAGUUGAUAUAAAUAAGAAAACAUAAUUAAAUAAAACAUAAUAAUCACAGUGAUGGAGCUUUGGACAUGGAAGGAUACCUACUGAAUGGGAAAUCAGGGAUGUAAAAGAUACCCUCGAGGAUGGAACUUGAGGAUGCUUCGUUUCUUGUGGAAACAUUCAAACACUCGUUACAUGAAUAUAGAUGAAAUUGAAGAUUUUAAAGAGCAAACUUCUAAAUAAAUUCUCGUCAAAUUGGACAAGACAAAUCAAAUAAAAACAUAAGCUUAUUGGUCUUCAUGGGUCAUAUCCCUAAUAAUGACCUUCUACUUGAGGUGUAUGCAUCCAAAUAAAUCAAAAGAGCUACUAGGGAAUGGAUGUUUCCUCUAUGAAGAGAAGAAUGUGCAGCCUAUGUGGGGUCAUAAAAGAAACCACAUGGAAACUUAAGAAUGAAUAGGGCACAGGUUCAGUGACAUGUCUGAGCAGUGAACAGAAUUGUGACUGUCCAAACACUCAACCUUUAGCUACUGUAUGCCUGUAAGAAUAGUUUUUAGUAUUACUCCCAGUAAAAAUGUACAGAAUCAUUAACGCUAUAGUCUAAGACCACAAAGCUAAAGGUUUCUAUGCAGCUUGGAUAAAGCAGCUUGUCUAACCGUGCUGCCUGCUACUCAUACGUCAUAGCUGAUGUUUACUCACAUGGCUUCAUAUUUCACAUCUUCCCAGUGGUACAUCCUCUGAGGAAGUUGUCUCAUGUCUGAGACUUUACAGGUAUAUUUCUGUUUUCUCCUCCAAAGGCAGGUCAGAAGUCUGGCUGAAGCUGCUCAUGCUGGUUCAGUCUCCUGCUCAAAGGUACUUAACGAGAAACCUAUGAGUUUAGAGCAGGGAUCUGGUGGAUCUAAAAAAAAAGACAAAGAAGACCAAAUCGAAAGGUUUGUGUCUCCAUGUACAUGAAAAUCUGCACUUGGAAGUCUAAAUUCACCCCCACAGAGUUAAACUCGACUGUAUCAACGGAUUUUAAAAUGUAUAUUUAAUACCCACUUUACACACAAGCACCACCUGUGUUACACCGAGUGGGGAUAAAAGAACACGCAAGUUAAUGAAAGUAAUACAUGCACAUUUGUCAUGUGAUUGAAUGUCUAAAUAUGUACAGACACUUAAAGCCAUAUUAACUACAAGAGUGAACAGUUGUUGUGUGAAUGAUGUGAAUCUAACUUCAACAAUAACAUUUAUUAAUCUCACAAUCUUCUUCGCUUGAAUGAAAAAGAAAACGUUAUUCAUGUCGGUGUAGUAUAAUGUGACGUGUUGAGGAUUAGCUUUUUCUGCUGCCCAGAUGGAUUUGAUGUUAGGAAUGAUUGGGUUAAUAAACACACAUCCAGAGGGUCACAAACAACAGGUCACCCUAAGGAAUACAAGCUCACUGGGAGAGAGAGAGAGAAAGAAGCAACAUGACUCAAACAUGGAUGCUAAAAGAAUGAAACCACAGACACACGAUAACUACAGAGACUUAAAAUGGAAUAGACAGCAACAAAAAAGAGAUGUAAAGUUGUUUUAAAGAGGCAUGUCAUGUUUUUUAGAAAACCAAACAACAGUAAGCCUUUGUGGUACAAACUGUCCAUAGCAAAUGGAAUUUGAAUAGUUAAAAAAAACCUAUCCAGAUGAAUUAAAGCACACACAAUAAUUAUAAUAAUAAAUAACUUAAAGGUCACAUAUUAUGCAAAAUACACUUCAACACUCCAUGUUUUUCUAAAACUAAUGUGUCCCUAGUCUAUCUACAAACCCCCCAAUUAUGAGAAAGCCCAUCCUCUCCGUCUUUUACCUGCUCCACUUUUCAGAAAAUGUGUGCUCAAACAGGCCGUUUGGAGAUUUUCCCUUCAUGACAUCAUAAAGGGCAGUAACCCCUCCCCCAGGUGGGUUACACUCCCACAGCUAGGUGUUUGUUCUGCCCUCUGGGUUGUCCUUCUCCGUGUAAACAAUUGGUCAUGGAGCGAGAAAGCCAGAGCCACAUCAGAGAGGGGCGUGGUCAAACACAGCUAAUUUACAUAUUUAAAGGUACAGACACAGAAACAGCCUGUUCUGAGCAGGGCUGAAAUAGAGGGGUUUAUAGGCAUGAUCAAAUACAGGAUCAGAGUGGAUUUAGAACAAGAAACUUCACACACAUGUUUUGGAGAGUUCUGAGACUUAUUUUAACUUAAUAAUAAUGUUUGACCUUUAAAAAGAAGAUAUACACUUUUAAAAAAGGGUUGUCAACAGCAGUUUGACAUCAAACACUUUCAGAGAUUUUUGCAUAGAAAGUCUAAGCUCAAUGAGACAUCCUGUCUACAGGGUGUGUUUUUUCUUGUUGCCAUGUUCAACAAAAUCCAUGUUUAACCCUGCUAAUGUUUGGAUUACAGCUGCUCUAACACUAUAUGCUAAUGUUGCAAAUAUAAGAUCAUUUGAUAUUAAACUCUCAGUAUUUUCCCCUUCAAUCCAUCCGAGAAUUUAAUCUAAUUUUCCAAUUUGGGGCUGAAAUCCAAACUCAUGUAUUCUGAUAUUAUAUUUCCAGAUUUAUGAAAAAAAGAUAAUGUUAUCAAAAGAAUCUACCUGGAGUGUUUAUAAUAAAACCAGAUUGGAAGAGUUCAUUGAAAAUCAGAGAUUGGAGGAUGAAUCACAUGUCCAUACCCCUUUAUUUGAUAUUGAUUGUUUCAUCCUUGGUUUAGAAUUUCAAUUGGAUAAAUCAUUAUGAACAAAUAACACCCAACCAUCAGCUCUACAGGCUAUCAUAACACUUUAAUAUUCCUCACAUAACCUGCUACUCCUCCAUGCACUCGGGAGAAUCUGGCUUUUUGACGGCAAAUACCAAUUUGAAAGAACUUUUGUUGAAAGAAUGGAACAGUAUCCCUCGAUUUCACCCCCUCUCCAAAACAUAAUAAAGUGCAAAAUCUACUGCGCUGCCCACCUCUACAUGAUGUACACGAUAUACAGAGAUAAAAAAAGUAAUGCAUUUAAUCCCUGCAUUUCACCUAACAGAAGUUAAAAUGUCACCUUUACAUCAUUAAGACCAUUUUAUAUUCCUCAGUACCUACUCUAUGCAACAUUUGCUUCCUCAACAUAAACAGUAUGUGUCUGAUGUGUCAUUGUGAAGAAACUUUAACCCCCCCCUCAUCCCUUCAACACAUCUGGACAUGCAUCCGAAGAGUUCCAGGUUAAAUUGUCAGAUACUCUGAUACACUCUGCCUUUUUUAGUUUAUCAACACAUUCCAAACAUUUGGAUAGCGCUAUAACUUGAACUUGUAGGCACUACAACCAGCUUUGUUUCACAUCUUGGACCAACUUUUUUCAUUUUUUUCAUUUUUGUGUUUUUAAAUCUAAACGUCCAUGUCAAACUUUGUGCCCAUAUUUUCAUGUUUCCAUUUUUCAUUUCCUUGUGUUGUUUCCUUUAUGUGUGUGUUAUUUAUGAUAUUUCAGGUUUUAUUAGAAAAUAUAUUAAUUUGCUUAGUUUCUUUCAUUGAUGCACUUAAGUUUUCCUUUCUCUUAAUAAAUACAUUGAUCUGUUUAAAGAGGAGCAGAGCAUCUAAACUAAGAAGUUAACAAUCUUCUUUGACCUUACUGGUGGACAUUUUUACAGAUGCCGUUUGAUCUAUGGACCAAUACAGUGUGUAUGCACUCAGACUGUGUGUUGAAGUGUAAACCACAACAUGAUUCAUUUUUUGUAUUUUUGACUCUUCAUUGAAAGAGUUGCAGUCACUAACACUAUUUGAGAUGAUUAUAACAGAGCAGUGUGAGAUUAACAUGGUGUAAAAUGCUAUAGUAGUAAAUAACCCAUUAAAGAUUUAAAGGUUUUCAUGGAUUUUGACUGCAGAGUCAUUCCAGCUGGUGAGAUUGUCAUAGUAAACGUAUUGAAAAUGCAAAAAUCAUCAGUUCUCUAACCAUCAAAACUUUGCUCCCUUCAUUAAACUAGAUUAAGGUUUGAUGUUGCUUUGAGUGUUGGUCCCUCUGUUGAGUUUCUCCCUCCUUCUCUUGGACUGUAUCACACGGUGUUGAUGUUACAUAUAUAAAUAAAUGUGUACAAGUGCUGCACAGAGGUAAUCACGAGCAAAAUGGCAUAUUAUUUUGUGCAAUUGAUUUAUUUUUAUAGUAUUUAAACCGUUUUUGGUGAGAACAUUGUACCAGAUGUUUUAUUUUGAGGUGGGGGACAGUUCGGGAGUCAUAUCCAAUCUGUGGACAGCUUGGUAGAUACAUCAACAGGGGAAAUGUCUACUAAUAAAAUAAAACUAAUUUCA